AUGGAUAGAGGGAAGAGGGCGGUGGACUGGCCGCCGACGGCCGACGAGAGGAAGACGAAGAAGCCAUGCUGCGCCUGCGAUCCUCCUACCACCGCCACUGUACCAGAGAUCUCCUCCCUCCUCUCGUCGCUCUCCGUCGCCAAGCGGCACCGCUCUUCCGCCGCCGACGAUGACCACCACGCGCUCAAGCGCCCGCGUCACCAUCACCACGAUGCCCUAGCCCAAUUACUACACGACCGCAUGCGAGGAUUGGAGAUCUGUUCCGAUGAAACGGGCAUGGAAGACACUAGUAAUAGCACUACCCUGCCGCCGCGCCGUGAUUGGUCGAGCUUCACGCCGGACAUGCUCCGGCUGAUAUGCGGCUGGCUCCCGCUGGCCGACGUCCCCCGGUUCGCCGCUGUGUGCAGGCACUGGAGCUCGUGCGCGUUCCCGGUCUACCCGGCCGACACCGCCCCCGUCCUUCUCAGCACCGUGGUCACCGGCAAUGGCUUGUCGGUCCGGUGCUACCAUCCCUGCCUGCACAAGAUGUUCGUCAUCGCCACUCCUCCCCAAACACGUCUGCCUCAAGGCAGCAGGGUCUUCUCGGCUGCCGCCGACGGAUGUCUGAUGCUCAGGACGACGAGGAAGACCGUCCUGUUCGCUCCUCUGCUGGAUGAUGGCGGCUCCGUGUUCGAGACUCCGCAAAGGGAGGACGACCAAGGUUUCAUGUGCUGCGCGCCACCGCAACACGAUGAUGAUGAUGAUAGUCACUGCAACAACCACAAGGUUUUCGCCGUCUACCCAGAAUUGGACGCCAUCAAGAUUCAGAGCUGGGAUGGGCGAAGCUGGAGGAGCUUUCACAAUAGUGCAAAUUUCUUUAAAACGUCCUUUAGCUGCAACCCGGUGAUGCACAGGGGGAAGCUGUACUGCCUGGGCCAAGAGGGGAAUUUAGGGGUGUAUGAUCCCGGUAAAAUCAAAUGGAGAGUGCUUCCUAAACCAGCCAGUUUCGGUUCAGAGUUUCAGUACAAGAAUUGCUACCUCGUCGAGUCGCAGGGGGAGCUGCUCGCUGCUCUGACGGGCGGCAACAGCGGUAUGCCUGCUAUUCAUGUGCUGAGGCUCAACGAGAAGAAGAUGAAGUGGGAGAGGAUGGAGUCAUUGGGUGGCCGCUCCCUCUUCACCGGAACCACAUCGUCGCUGUCGAUGGCCAGGCCGCCCCAAUCCAUGGCAAACAAGGUGUUCCUUCCCAGGUUCUACGGGCGUCCUCAGGUGAUACAUGCAGAACUCGCAAGCUCUGGCGGUCGUCUCUUCUUCGUGGCCAAGGAGGCAAUGCCCAAGAAGGAUGAAGAUGGCGGCGGUGGUGCCUGGUGCUAUGACCUCGAUUCAGACUUCCAUAGACCAUUUGCAGGGGCUUCGUGCAAGAAUCUGCUGCAGCAUGUGUGGGUUCAUCUCGGCCGUGUUGCUUCGCCCAGGAAUGAUUUAAUGGUUAUAGGCUGACAUUUGUGGACGAAUGGUCAAUCAA